UGUUGCACUUGUUAAAAUGGAUGACCAAUGUGCUGCAGAACAAGAUAAUUUAUCAGAAAAAAGACGUCUUCUUUCAAAAAAUGAUGAAUCCGGCAGCCAAGCUGAACAAUUCUCCAUCAAAGACGAGAUACAAGAAGAGAUGAAGGUAACUAUAGAAAAGGAUGAAAAAGCUGAUGUUGCCAGCAAUUCUAAAAAUGUAGAUUGUCCAAACGUUGAUAGAAAUUGUGUUGUACCAUCUGACACUGAAGUKUCAAAAACAGUCGAUGAGUUUGCUUUGAGUGUUGGCCAAUCUGAGCAAAACUUAAAUUCAAAUGUUGUUGUGCAAAGUUUGGAGGAUGAAAUCAGGUCCUUACCAUCACAUCAAAUACCAAUGGUUGGUCAUCCARAUGAACCURCGRUAACUGAAGAUGAAAGAGGCAAAAGAGCAAGAG